GAACUGGUCUUGUUCCAAUAGUUUUCAUAACACUUCUUCAUUUUCUAUAUAUUUCAUCCAUUGCUAAAGAAGGAAAGCAAGAGAUUUACAAACCAAACUACUACUUGCUUCUAAGGGUUCUACACAACAUCUUCAACCAAAUCUACCAGAAAUGUGGACAAUUGGAUUAUGUAUUGUAGCAGUACUGGUCAUAUAUUUGGGUUACUGGCUUAACAAAUGGAGCAUUCCAAAGUUCAAUGCAGUCCUCCCUCCAGGUUCCAUGGGUCUACCCCUUAUUGGAGAGACCCUUCAGUUGAUUGUUCCAAGUUACUCUCUAGACCUCCAUCCAUUUAUCAAAAAGAAAGCUCAGAAAUAUGGGCCAAUAUUUCGAACUAGUGUGGCUGGUUCACCUGUAGUAGUAUCAAUAGAUCCUGAAUUCAACCAUUACAUCGUUAAAGAAGAGGGAAGAUUAGUUGAAAUGUGGUAUUUGGAUUCAUUUUCCAAGCUUUUCGUGAUGGAAGGCAAAAAUAAGACAAAUGCAAUUGGUGUUGUCCACAAGUACAUAAGAAGUAUCAUAUUGAAUCACUGUGGUGCUGACCCACUUAAGGAAAAUUUGCUUCCUCAAAUUGAAGAAUUUGUUAACAAAACCCUACAAACAUGGUCAAGUCAUCCUUUAGUUGAAAUGAAACAUGCCGCAUCAGUGAAGAUUUUUGAUUUCACCGCAAAGCUAUUCAUUAGUUAUGAUGCUGAAAAUACACCAAUGAAAAUGACAGAGAAGUUCACUAAUAUCCUAGGAGGUUUCAUGUCAUUUCCCUUGAAUAUACCUGGUACUACAUACCAUAAAUGUUUAAAGGACCAAAAUGAAGCAUUGAGUAUGUUGAGGAAAAUAUUUAAAGAGAGAAUCAAUUCACCAAAAAGACAUUUUGAAGAUUUGCUUGAUCAAGCUAUAAAUGACUUGGAUAAGGAGACAUUCUUAUCAGAAGACCUCAUCAUCAAUGUGGUUUUUGGGCUCUUAUUCGCUAGCUUUGAGUCCAUUUCAACAGCAUUGUCGUUAACUCUCAACUUACUUGCGGAGCAUCCUGCAGUUUUGCAAGAGUUGACGGAUGAGCAUGAGGCAAUUCUUAAGAACAGAGAGAGUCCAAAUUCCAUACUCACAUGGGAUGAAUAUAAGUCGAUGACCUUUACUCAUCAAGUAAUAAAUGAAGCUCUUAGGUUGGGAGGUGUUGCUCCUGGAUUACUACGAAAAGCACUGAAAGAUAUUGAAUUUAAAGGAUAUACAAUUCCAGCUGGUUGGACCAUUAUGCUUGUAAAUUCCGCUAUUCAAUUAAACCCAAACACAUACAAGGAUCCACUUGCUUUCAAUCCAUGGCGCUGGAAGGAUCUUGACUCAUUGUUUGUAUCUAAGAAUUUCAUGCCUUUUGGAGGAGGAAUUAGACAAUGUGCUGGGGCAGAGUAUAGUAAAACGUUCUUGGCUACCUUCCUCCAUGUUUUGGUCACCAAAUAUAGGUGGACAAAGGUCAAGGGUGGAACCAUUGUUCGAAAUCCUAUUCUCGGAUUUACAGAUGGCCUCCACAUUAAAUUCUCUGCAAUAAGUAAUUAAAAUACAUUUUUAUUUCAUGCAAAAUAAUAGAUAUUUCUAUAUUGAAAUAAGAUGUUUCAAUUUUACCAAAAAUAAUUGGAUACUUAUUAUCCAAAUGUAAGUAUUUAUUUUCUUGCCUCAUUGUAUAUGUGUUUAAGGGCUUUGAUUGUGUCACAUCCAAUAAUACAUCAUCUAUAAA